AUGGUCAUCAAAGUCGGUAUUAACGGGUUCGGUCGUAUUGGCCGUAUCGUCCUCCGUAAUGCUCUUGCAUAUUCAGAAAUCGAAGUCGUUGCAAUUAAUGACCCGUUCAUUGCACUCGACUAUAUGGCAUACAUGUUCAAAUAUGAUACCGUCCACGGACGUUUCAAGGGUGAUGUCUCCGCUAAGGACGGCAAGUUCAUUGUAAACGGUCACCAGAUUACUGUGUUCGCCGAGAAGGACGCGAGUGCGAUCAAUUGGAAGAGCACUGGAGCAGAGUACAUUGUAGAAUCAACCGGUGUCUUCACCACCACUGAAAAGGCAUCUGCUCACUUGAACGGCGGUGCCAAGAAGGUUAUCAUCAGCGCUCCGUCGGCUGAUGCUCCGAUGUUUGUAUGUGGCGUGAACUUAGACGCAUACAAGCCAGAGUACAAGAUUAUCUCCAAUGCUUCUUGCACUACCAACUGUCUGGCACCACUUGCCAAGGCAAUUCAUGACAAGUUCACGAUCGUCGAAGGUCUGAUGACGACCGUGCAUGCCACCACGGCAACGCAGAAGACUGUUGAUGGUCCGUCGAUGAAGGACUGGCGUGGUGGUCGUGGUGUAAACGGUAACAUCAUUCCGUCAAGUACUGGUGCCGCCAAGGCUGUCGGCAAGGUUAUACCGUCUCUCAACGGCAAACUCACUGGUAUGGCCUUCCGUGUGCCAACAAACGACGUGUCUGUCGUUGACUUAGUCGUCCGCAUCGAGAAGGAUGCAUCUUACGACGAGAUCAAAGCCGCGAUCAAGGCUGCCUCGGAAAACGAGCUCAAGGGUGUCCUUGCGUACACCGAGGAGGACGUUGUGUCGACUGACUUCAUUGGCGAGCCGGCAUCGAGUGUGUUCGAUGCAAAGGCCGGAAUUUCUCUGAAUAAGAACUUCGUGAAGCUGAUUGCCUGGUACGACAACGAGUGGGGCUACUCGAAGCGUGUUGUUGAUCUGCUGGUGUACAUUGCGAAGAAGGACCAGGAAGCGGGAGUGUAA